UGCCCCUCCGAGGCGCCGUAGCGCGGGAGGGAGGCGGCGGCGCUGUGGUCCAUCGGUCCUCGGGUCCGUGGGUCUGCCCGGCCGCCCGGCCCCGCCCUGCCCCCCGGGGCGGCUCGGCUCCAUGGCCCGCGGCGGCGGCGGGAGGCGGCCCGGGGGCCGCAGGGGCCGCUGACCGGGCGGCGGGAGGCGGCGGGGCCGGGCCAUGGGGGACGGAGCCGUCCGCAGCCGCGGGAGCCGGGAACCCAGCCCGAGCAGGAGCGGCACCCCCUGCUGAGCCCCGAGCGCCGGGUGAGAGGGGUGCGCGCGCGGCCCCCAGCCCAGGGCCCCGACAUUCCAGACCCGGCCCCGCCAGGAGCGCCCCGAGCGCGGCCCCGCGAUCCCCGCCCAGGAGCCGGCCGGCAGCCGGAUGCCCGGGCCCAUCGGGCGGGCCGGCGGCCGCCUGCGGGAUGAGCAGACUGCUGGGGGGGACGCUGGAGCGCGUGUGCAAGGCUGUGCUCCUUCUCUGCCUGCUGCACUUUCUCGUGGCCGUCAUCCUCUACUUUGACGUCUACGCCCAGCACCUGGCCUUCUUCAGCCGCUUCAGUGCUCGGGGCCCUGCCCGUGCCCUCCACCCAGCUGCCAGCAGCAGCACCAACUUCUCUCGGCCCAACGCCACUGCCCCCAGCUCGGGGCUCCCUGAGGCUCCCAGUGCCCGGCCAGGCCCCACGGCUCCCAUCCUGCCUCCCUGUCCUGACUCGCCGCCUGGUCUUGUGGGGCGACUGCUGAUUGAGUUCACCUCACCCAUGCCACUGGAGCGGGUGCAGAGGGAGAACCCAGGCGUGCUUCUGGGCGGCCGCUAUACACCACCUGACUGCACGCCCGCCCAGACAGUGGCAGUCAUCAUCCCCUUUCGACACCGGGAGCACCACCUACGCUACUGGCUCCACUACCUGCACCCCAUCCUGAGGCGACAGCGGCUGCGCUAUGGCGUCUACGUCAUCAACCAGCAUGGUGAGGACACCUUCAAUCGGGCCAAGCUGCUCAACGUGGGCUUCCUAGAGGCGCUGAAGGAGGAUGCCACCUAUGACUGCUUCAUCUUCAGUGACGUGGACCUGGUCCCCAUGGAUGACCGAAACCUGUACCGCUGUGGUGACCAGCCCCGCCACUUUGCCAUUGCCAUGGACAAGUUUGGUUUCCGGCUGCCUUAUGCUGGGUACUUUGGAGGUGUGUCGGGCCUGAGUAAAGCCCAGUUUCUGAGAAUCAAUGGCUUCCCCAACGAGUACUGGGGCUGGGGUGGCGAGGAUGACGACAUCUUCAACCGGAUCUCCCUGACUGGGAUGAAGAUCUCGCGCCCAGACAUCCGCAUAGGCCGCUACCGCAUGAUCAAGCACGACCGGGACAAGCAUAACGAGCCCAACCCGCAGAGGUUUACCAAGAUUCAAAACACGAAGCUGACCAUGAAGCGGGAUGGCAUCGGGUCAGUGCGGUACCAGGUCUUGGAGGUGUCUCGGCAACCGCUCUUCACCAAUAUCACAGUGGACAUUGGGCGGCCCCCAUCAUGGCCCCCUCGGGGCUGAUACUAAUGGACAAAGGCUCCCAGUGCCAAGGAUUGCCUGCCAGAGGACUGACCUAUAUAGCCUGGCUGGUGGUUGCUCUAUGGGGGAUCUCCCAGGACUGAGACUGUGGGCUCUGUUUCCGGAGGGUCUUCAAUAGGCCCCCCCCCGCAGCUGCACCUGGAAGUUUCAGAACCUACUCUGGGGGACUUCCAACCUGGGCAAGCCCCUCAAGUGUGGCCCUCUCUGGGGUCAACCCUUCUUCCUGCCCCUUCCUCCCCAGCCCAGCCCUCCCUCGCCGUCAGGGUCGGGCCAGCCCCUGCACUGCCUCACCGAGUGGCCUGGGCUAGGUCACUCCACCUCUCUGUGCCUCAGUUUCUCCCCCCUUGAGUCCCCCUAGGGCCUGGAAGAGUGGGAGGUAUGACUAGGGGGCAGUGUCGCUUCCAGGGGGAAUUCUCAGACCUGAGGAUCCCCCGUACUCCCAGGGGAGGGGAAACCUUUUUCAUUCAACAUUGUAGGGGCAAACUCUGGUGCGCCCCCUGCUGAGGAGCAGCCCCAGGAGGGGACCAGAGGGGGUGCUGUGUCGCUGCCCGGGAUCUUGGGGUUGGGCUUUGCAUGCGGGGCAGGCGGGGCUUAGAUCGGUCAGUCAGGUUCUUGCCUCCCUGUCUCGGAGAGAAGGCAGUAGCCCCAGGGCCGGCUCGUUGUUUGUACAUUGCACAGAAACUUGUGUGGGUGCUUUAGUAAAAAACGUGAAUGGAGC